AUGUUUCCGGGAAAUGCUUUCAAUCACUUUCACUUUAUUUGAAUUCAUGAUUUACAAUCUGCAAUCAUGAAAAAGUCCAAAAGUCAAAAGUCCAAGUUAGAAUUGUUGUAAACAAGAUCAAAACCAUUUAUAGUUUGGCAAAAUUAAAUUUCAAAGAGCUGAGGGAAACACUAUUACAAUUUAAAAAACACUUGAGCAUGGAUCCAACCAUGCAGCAUUAUGCCCACAAGCUUGCCACCCAUUCCCAGCCCUGGUGAUAAAGUGCCCCCUCUGUGUGGAAUGAGCUAACAGUGGGCUACCAUGAAGUGUGACCCAGUAGCUCAAGGGUUUCUCUGUAGCCAUAGAGCUAGCAGGAAGUGCAGCUCGGGUGCCUCUCCACUCAUCUCAUCAAUGCAGCUUUCAUUCUCCCUCGGUGGAGCAAGAUGGAAGUUGUACAAAAGGACCACUGGUACUUCGUGGUACUCAUCUUCAUCCCUUUUCUUAAAGUUGCCGUCCUACAGAAUCAGGCUGUUGUUACAGUUCAUCUGGAGGAAGGGAUGGUUCUCGACUGUUUGUGCCCCUGGGACGGCAACCUCAGCAUGGUGUCCUGGACCAAAGUACCAGACAAGCAUCCGAUAGCUGUUUUCCAUCCAGAGUUUGGAAUGGCCUUCUCUCACCAUUACCGAGAGAGGAUAGACUUCCUGAGGACCACUCCUAUGGAUGGAAGUAUAUCCAUGAAGAACGUCACACAUCAAGAUAUCGGGCUGUACCACUGCUCUGUUCAGACGUUCCCUCAAGGCCCCUGGACCAGGAACAUUCAGGUGGAGGAUUUAGAUGAGCCACCAGAGGAAGAAGAAAGCACAGAGCCUCCCACGCCAGAGGUGAUCGAGGCAGACACAGAGUUUGUAGGAGAGCAGAACAACAACCUGACCCUCAGCUGUAACCACAAGCACAACGGUACCGUUAACCAGGUCAUUGUGGAGAGAAUGGCACAUGGCCAACCCUGGGGCAUCAUUGGAGUGUGUAAGAAGGUGGAAGGGGGCCUGGUGAGUGAGGACUACAGCGACAGGGGCAGGAUCAGCUGUGCAGACAGCCUGGAUGUCAGUCUGCACCUGACAGGUGUGGUGCAGGAAGAUGGUGGUUUCUACCGCUGUACCUUUAGCACAGAUGUCGGCAUGCAGACCACCACUAUGCUGCUCACUGUGCCCCCUCCAGGUUACUUCAGCCUGUCUAUGUACAUGAUGUAUAUUUAUGUCGCAGCUGGAGCUGCUGGACUGAUUUUACUCAUUAUCAUCCUCAUAGUAGUGGUGAGGCACAGGAAGAAGAACAGGAGGGAGGCAUACAGAGUCAGGCUGCACCCAUCUCAGAGACAGCCAAACUUCUACGAGAACAUCCCUGUGUGUCCCAAGAUCACAAAGAAGUCCAGGCAGAUAAAAACUUGCCCAGUGUAUGUCAACCUGCACACUAUGCAAUCAUACAAGACCAGACAUCAGCCUCAUAAUAAAUAAAUGAACAAACAUAAACAUGAUGUACUACAUAAUGUGAAUGUGUAGGUUUCAUCUUUCACAGCUGCCAGUGUGCCCUCAGCUAACAAAGCACAUUUAUUCAUGUAUAUAUGAGUAAAAGUAAACUUAUAUUGACAGGCGCAGAUUAUAAUUAUUUAUAUUUGAGGGUUGUUGUUUUUUUUUUUUAAAUAAGAUGCCAGGAUCACAUUGACAGUGAUUAAUUAUUCAUACUGUGGUUUGAAAUGACUUAACAAGCUGGUGCUCAUGUAAGUCUUAGAAGGCUGACAGGUUUGUUUGAGUCCAGCCCUGCUCCCACUAAUUAGAUGUAGUAUGUACUGCGUAAAAUUACCAUCGAGGAAAUAUUUGUUUUGGGCAAAACAAUAUUUGACUGUAACUAUCAGGCAGAAAGAGCAGACAAAAGCCUGUAUAAUCAUUCUUUUCACUUCCCUAACCCUCGAGUAAAACGAUUGACAAAAGCCUGUGUAAUUGUUGCUCUCCUUUUACUUUCAUCCCUCCUGGUUUCCAUUCAAUGCUUGACAAUGGUGUCUAAUCAUCUAACGGAAGAGAAAAGCAGUCACUCAGCACUGUACCAUCACUUGAGACUGUUGCAUUCCCCAAAGGGCUCUCCGUCUAGGAUGGCUGCAUUCUAGUUACAGCACGGUCUUAUUAUGAAAGCUAAACUCUAAUUAGCUAAUCCUGUGCUUCAGUUUAUUGCUCCUCAAUCAUUUACUGUCUAUCUGCUGUAUACUGAAUGUAUGGGUUGUUUUUUUACUCUGCUUUAUAACAUGGUAUGAUAAGCUGUUUUCCACAGUCAUAUUCAUUGUUUUUAAUUAUUUCCGAGCUUAACUAUAUGUUCUUGUAGAUUAAUGUCUCAGGCUUAUGGUAGUGCUUUUAUGCUGUGUGUUGUUUAUGUGUACUCUGAUCAAUUUAUCUCCAUAGAAAUGGAGGCAGUGGCAGAGGGAGUAAUGGAAAUGUGGACUGUUCCACUAGGAAACAGGACAAAAUGUGGACAAGGUGGAAAUACAGAGCA